CAGGGUCCCUGUGGGCUCCAGGCGGUGCCCGGUAACUUUCUGAGGGGCGAGCCCUGGGGCGCCGCGUCCCUCACCCGCCUGCAGGUAGAGAGGCCGGGAGGGCUUCUCGCUGUUGUCACCGGGCGGCCCCCGGCUCCGCCCGCCGCUGCCGGGAGAGCCGUUCGGGCGGUGGGGGCGGCAGCGCCCGUUGCCGCGGCUGCCUCCGUGGGGCGGCCUGACAUGAGAUCAUCGGCAGCAUGGCCUCUGCCAGGAGCGGCGGCCGCACCGGGCCGAGGGACGAGGAGGCCAACGGCGACCUGGACCGCUCCCUGCAGCAGAUGCUGCGGGCGAUAGCGGAGGAGCGGAGCCGCGCCGGCGUCCGCCAGGAGAUCAGCGGCCUCGGGUGUUUCAAAGAUGACCGUAUUGUGUUCUGGACUUGGAUGUUUUCAACAUAUUUUAUGGAGAAAUGGGCCCCCCGGCAAGAUGAUAUGCUCUUCUAUGUCCGUCGAAAACUGUCCUAUGUCAGUGGGGAUAGUACGGAAGGGAAAAAGCAGGUUGAAGUUGAAGUUUACCGGAGAGAUUCUAAGAAGCUUCCUGGCCUGGGCGACCCUGACAUUGACUGGGAAGAGAGUGUCUACUUGAAUCUCAUCCUGCAGAAGUUGGAUUAUGUAGUGACAUGUGCUGUGUGCACGCGUUCUGAUGGAGGAGAUAUUCAUAUUCACAAGAAGAAAUCUCAGCAAGUGUUUGCAUCUCCUAGCAAACACCCAAUGGACAGUAAAGGAGAGGAGUCAAAAAUCAGCUACCCCAACAUAUUCUUCAUGAUUGACAGCUUUGAAGAGGUUUUCAGCGACAUGACUGUGGGAGAAGGAGAAAUGGUCUGUGUGGAGCUGGUGGCCAGUGACAAAACAAACACUUUCCAAGGGGUGAUUUUUCAGGGGUCUAUUCGCUAUGAAGCACUCAAGAAGGUCUAUGACAACAGGGUGAGUGUUGCAGCUAAGAUGGCUCAAAGAAUGUCUUUUGGCUUUUAUAAAUACAACAACAUGGAGUUUGUCCGAAUGAAAGGGCCACAAGGGAAAGGACAUGCAGAGAUGGCAGUGAGUAGAGUUUCUACUGGUGACACUUCACCAUAUGGGACAGAAGAAGAUUCAAAUCCAGAAUCCCCAGUGCAUGAGAGAGUCACUUCUUUCAGCACGCCGCCAACCCCAGAACGCAACAAUCGCCCAUCCUUUUUCUCCCCAUCCCUCAAGAGAAAAGUGCCCCGAAAUCGAAUUGCCGAGAUGAAAAAAUCCCACUCGGCAAAUGACAGUGAGGAGUUCUUCAGAGAUGAUGAUGGUGGAGAUCUGCACAAUGCAACGAAUCUGAGGUCGCGGUCCUUAUCUGGAACAGGACGCUCUCUGGUGGGCUCCUGGCUGAAGCUGAACAGAACAGAUGAAAACUUUCUACUCUAUGCACACUUAACUUACAUCACUUUGCCAUUGCAUCGGAUUUUAACAGAUAUCCUGGAAGCGCGGCAGAAACCAAUUCUGAUGACAUAGCAGAGAGCGGGCACUGCCUUGGAGCCUUGUUGCCAAGUGCCUAACCACAGCGGUUUUCUGUGCUAACACUACCAUCUAGUGUCAGGAACAUAAACCUCCGCAGGAAAAAGGGAAGUCCAAGAAUACCAGCCGAUCAAAAGUGCCUCUUUCUUCCUUCCUCUGCUGUCAUACACCGAAUGCCCACUUGCAGUACAUCGCCUGAGUGUUUUUGACUGGAAGAGGACUUUGAGCAAGAUAAAACGAGAAGGGGCUGUGUUUAAAACGAGUCAAUGCUUUAUGGACAGUUUGUUACUGUGUUUACUUUAUAACUAAGAAACCAACAACAUGUACAGAAUGUGUUAAACUUUAUAUUCUUUGAAAGAAACAACCUGAGAAUUUCAUAAUGAUGUGCUAAUGAACGUUGUUCCAUGGACUCUCACCCAUACA